GGAGUUGUGUUAUAAGUAAAGAUUCAUAUUAAAGGCAGUUGGGUUGAUAAUCUAGCAUUUAACUUGUUAUGGCCAUAUAUAUACUGUUUUGUGUUGUCUGCUUACUAGUAAAUAGAUAUAUUCAAUGUACACUGUAGUCUGUGUAGCUAGUACUUGGUUGAAGAUGCUUAUAUCUUUGAAUAGGAUUACAGAUUACUCUAUUUGCUGAAAUCUAACUGACACUUAUAACUAACACUUAUAUUUUACAGUAACUAGACAAUUAACAAUGGUCUUAUUGGUAAAAGAAAACUUUGUUAGAAAGAAAUUACUAGUGUUUUAUUACAACAAAUUGUCUUUAUAACUGGAAAUCAAAUUUUAAUGGUCAAAAGUAUGUAUACAAGAACAGAAAAAGGACUCUUAAGAAUUUCGCAGUAAGUUGACCCAUUGAUUCCAUAAAACUAGAGACUUACAAAUGCUCAUGCCAGUUAAUGUUCUUGCAGAUUACACAGAGUCACUGAAUGUGCUGAACGAGCUUCAGUUACUACGUGAUGUUGUUAACACAGCAAAGCAGGCAGAACAUGUCACAAUUGGUAUAAAAACGAAGUUCGACAGCAUAUCAAGUUCUGCAUACUCCAAAGACAUCGAUGAUGACACUUUACAGUCUUUCCAGAAAAUGGCACCCACAGAUAUGAAUACAAAACAAAGGGUUCGCUUUAUGGAAGUACUAGCUGCCUCCAUGCCAGAAGGGCAGGUUGAAGGAAGAGCUUCACCAGCUCCUUCACAAGUGAAGACACAAUCACAGUAUUCACCAGCUGCUUCACAGGUCAUGACACAAUCACAGUUUGGUUCACUAGCUCCUUCACAAGUGGUGACACAAUCACAGUCUUCACCAGCUCUUUCACAGGUCCAGACACAGUCACAGUCAACUUGUGAUUCUGAGGAUUUAAAUGGACAAGGUCGUGUGAUUUGGACUCAUGAGGCUAUCCUCCUUUUGAUCGAAAAACGGCGUGAACUUGGUCAUUUGUUUGACAACAAUGCAGUCACUCAGCGCCAAGCCUGGAGGAAAGUUGCGGAAGAACUUCGGUCGAAAGGGUACAAAUAUGGGGAAGAUGAUUGUAGCAAAAAGUUCCGCAGCUUGAGAGCAAGGUAUAAGACGGUAAAGCAAAGAAACCGACAAACAGGGAACAGUCGGCAAUCCUGGAGGUAUUACGAUGUAAUGGAAGACAUGUUUGCUGGGGAUCCAGCAGUUAUACCAACAAAUGUUGCAUCAUCCAUGCGUGUAGAACCUCCUGUACCAUCUGUCGAUAUUUCUCAAAUCACUGAAGACCAGGAACCAUCUGACGAACAGCCAUUAACAUCAACACCACGUGUCCAAAGAAAACGCCGACGCUCCAGUAUUGACACUGAAGAACCACCACAGUGGUUUGAAAAGUAUCAGAUGGAUCAACAGAAGAUGCACGAGGAACGCAUGGGGUUAGAACGCCGGCGAGUCGGUGCGCUGGAAACUUUGGUUAAGUUACUACAGGAGAAACAGUAGAUUUUCGAAAUGAUUUAACACAGCGAAAGCAUUCAAUCAGUUUUCUAUGAAAAAAAAACUUUCCUUCUUUUGCAUGUAAAUAGAGCUAGUUUUUUUCAGUGUAAUAAGGCUGUUAUAAAGUUUUUCAGUUCUACCAGCAUUAAUUAUACACAAUAGUGACAUUUCUACAUUUGAGUCAUCGGUAAAUUUUACAAUUGCGGAUGGUACUCUUUAACAUCUGAAAUUUCCUAUAUCUUGAUUACAAUUCAAUUGGAUACUGCCUUUUUCUGUAGUAGCAUGAUUGUUUUUAAACAUGCAACACAUUCUUUAGCAUCUGAAAAUGUGACACAUGUGUCAUAAAAGUUUUGAAUGUAAGCAGGUGGUUGUAAGUGCUUUCAAAUUUUUCUGCUUCAUGAAACUGCUACUAAGACAGGUUCUGUAACUCAGUUUACAAAUUUAACCACCUUUUUCAUAUUAGAAAGUUUGGUUUCUCUUUUAUUUUUUAUUAUACUGUAACGUAGUAUUUAACCCUUACCAUGCCUGACACAAUUGGUUUGCAUUUGCGACCAGUGUAUAUCAUAAUCAGCAUACCUGCACAUUCGUGCAGUCUGAUCGUGAUCUGCACUUAUGGCUAUUCAGUCAGUAUCUGUUUUAGUAUGCACCCCUUUUAGAGGUUAAUGGUACUGUCCAUAUUGGAAGAUGGACAAGUUCAUUAUAGAAAUUUAGCAUGGGAAGGGUUAAGGAUUUGAAGGAUAUAUUUUUUUAUCCAC